AUGUCACCCCUUGAGGAUCCACAAGUUGAUCGGUUUAAGAAUGCUUCGGAGCUCAAUGCAUCGCAUGCAAUAAAAAUCCGGACCGAAACGCAGAGACACGAUUCGGUGGAGCUGGGUGUGGGUGGCAUCCCAAAUACGCGCUGGACGCGUAAAGUGCGCACUAUUCCUCUUUCGGUCGUUAUCAUGUGA